AUGGAUCAUUUUAUCAUUGGCAAAGAAUUAUCUGCACAUUCUGAUGUUUCUUACGAAACUAAAUUAAAAAAGUGUAAACGUAAAUGUUUGUUCGAACCCAUUUCAGAAAAUGAAAUUGAUAAAGCUUAUACGGAAUUACUGUCAGAUCUAUCUCAAGAGUUCGCCCGUGCUUCAGCACGCUUAUCCAAAGGCGUAAUCGAAGACGGUCGAGUUCGUCUUUCACAAAUAUGUGGGAAGUAUUUCCGUAUAAUGGGUUUCUCUCUUGAUGGCUCAUCUUAUCUUCAUCCAGAAGAAGCAUUAUACCUUGCUGAAUGUAAUAAAAUCCAAGUACUUGUUAGUGGUUUACCACUGAGUAUUCAAGAACUUUACGAUCAGCUUUUAAACAAUGAAACAUAUCCAUACUAUCUGGCCUACUCUCGAUUAUCACGAUUAAAUUUCAGUCUUCGAAAACGAGCAAAUUUUGACCUACAAUCAUAUUACCACUGUGUGACAGAUAAAUUAUUUAAAAUUCCAAAAUCAAUUAACGUUUCAAUUACAGCCUAUCCACUUUUAAACCAAGAAUAUAGAAAACCUAUCGUAAAGAGAAAGUUCAUAGACUUUCAACCACUUAUUAAUCAUAAUACAAUACAUUCUAUCACCGAUCUUAUGCAUAAUUUACAAGAGAUUGUACAACCUGCCAGUGAUAAAUCUGUUAAGUCAACGAAGGAUUUAAAUCUACUCUAUGAUAUUUAUGGAAACAAUCAUACAGAGAAAAGACGUAUUAUUAACUUCUCUAAACGCUCCCCUCCUCAUCCUGAUUAUGUUUUAUCUGUUUUGUCACCAAAACAAAUAUACCCAGACAUAGAAUCUAAAAGUUUGAUAAAAGUUGGUCUACAGCCAGAUACAUCUGUUCUUAUAUGCAUGGUAGAUGGAUGUGAUGUUUCAUUCUAUAUAACCAACUGUUUCGCAAUUCCAAAUAUUAAUUUUCAAGUAACUCGUCAAGAAAAUAUGGCGUGGAUUUAG